UCCUACAAGUAUAUUUGUAUGUGUAAUUCAUUGUGUAAUGUUUUUAACAUUUUUAACAUCGACUCUUUAAAUUUGGAAUCUUUCCAUGCUCAGCAAUUAUAUUAAUUCCACCGAUUUUGCCAAUUCAGCACCACUGACAUGAACAGCGGCUUUUUGUACAGAGAGACCUGUUAGCAGUAAAGGGUGAAUUGUAUUGAAGACAUCGUCCUUGUCAAUAUCACGCUGAAUUUUUAUAUAAAUAAUUACAUUCAUAAGUCUAUACCAGUAUUUGUAUAUUUGACCGGAAAGCACACUACCUACCAUACAUCAGAUUUUAGAAAUGUGUGUCUUUUGUUAUGUAGGCUAUAGUUUAAAGCAACAUGAGUCUUGUUUGAGAUCACUCGUUAACAUCCAGUGGCAUCUACUUUUACAGUUGGCCAAGAGGUUUUGAUAUAGCCUAUGUUGGGUAAAGCAUGACAGGGCUAUGGUUUAAUCUUUGGAGACUCAAAUCUUCCAAAAUAUGUUGGAAUGUGUUUAUUUUUGAAGUUUAUCUGUAGUUGAGUGGAUCAAACUCAAAGGGACGCUGUUGGUCAGUGUGUUGCAGUUUUAGAGCACAUUUGCUGCAGUACCUCCCCAUUAUGUCGAUAUAUUAGAGACAGAACGAGCUUCACGCAGAGAGCACAUUCCGGGUUACAGAGAACACUAAGCACAGAGAUACGGAGUUGAGCUUCUUUUGUUCCAUUAUAUACGGAUUAUUGGGAGAAAAUGUUAUUCUUUACGGGAUUUACUUAUGACAGAAUUUCGCAAAUUGCUUAAGGGAUUAUAAUGUCCUUGUUGUUUCAUGUUGAAGGGAAAAUGUCGGACAGAACAAUGACACGGCAAGUACUGUUGUUUAUCUCGGUCCUCUCUCUCAGUUCAGUACACGGGCAGGUUAGUUACUCCAUUCCCGAGGAAAUGGCGAAAGGCUCUUUAGUCGGUAACAUAGCGCAGGAUUUGGGUUUAGAUAUAAAAAGACUGAAAUCAGGUAAAGCUCGUAUUUAUACAGGAGACAGCGUAGAGUACAUCGAGCUGAAUAAAGAAAGGGGAGUUCUCCUCAUCAAAGAGAUAAUAGACCGUGAAUCACUCUGCGGACAGACGACGCCUUGCGCUUUACAUUUUCAGAUUAUUCUAGAGAACCCGAUGGAAUUUUAUACAGUUACAGUUGAAAUUAGAGAUGUAAAUGACAAUGUUCCUAUUUUCAAAAAUAAUGAAGUCAAAUUUGAAAUAAGCGAGUCUGCUUUAACAGGAGCUAGACUCGUCCUCGAGAGAGCCGUUGACGAUGACGUUGGUCAUAAUGACCUCCAAAUAUAUUUUCUCAAACCCACCGAGAAUUUCAUUUUGGAAAUGCAUAGUCUCCCUGAUGGUGGUAAAAAUGUAGAGAUGGUUUUACAGAAACCUCUAGAUCGCGAAAAACAGGAGCAGAUAUCUCUGUUGUUGACAGCUGUAGAUGGAGGAGAGCCUCAGCUAUCAGGAACAAUGCAGAUACUCAUCACUGUACUAGACGCCAAUGAUAAUGCGCCCGUUUGUUCGGAAGCUGUUUACAAGGCUCGUGUAACCGAGAACGCCCAUAAAGGCGUCGUUUUAACCACUGUCAGCGCGUCUGACGCUGAUCAAGGACAAAAUGGGAGAGUUACGUAUUCCAUUUCGAAUACAGCUGAGGCGUCGAAUGAUAUUUUUGAAAUAGGUCGAGAUGACGGUAUAGUUAAAUUAGUCGGGGACAUUGAUUAUGAAAUACUUAAACAUUAUCAGAUUAAUGUUCAAGCGAGGGACCAAGGAGGUCAUACAGAUUCCUGUAAGGUAAUUAUUGACGUAAUCGAUAUGAAUGAUAACAAACCAGCUAUUAACAUCAUGUCAAAGACGAGUGCCAUAUCUGAGGAUGCUAAACAGGGUACUGUCGUAACAAUGAUGAAUAUUCAAGACCCAGAUUCUGGUGAAAAUGGAAAAGUACAGUGCUGUAUUGAAGAAAAUAUUCCCUUUGUGAUGAGAUCGACCUCAAACAAUUUCUAUAGCCUAGUAACUGACAGUGACUUUGACCGAGAGAGAGCCUCUGAGUAUAACAUCACUGUGACGUGCUCUGAUGAGGGACUGCCCUCUCUCUCCAGCAGCGUCACUCUCACCUUACAGAUAUCAGAUGUGAAUGACAACGAGCCUGUCUUUGAGAGGAGCUCAUAUGAGGCCUACAUUACAGAAAACAACACACCGGGCAUCUCUAUAUUCACAGUGAAAGCCAGAGACGCUGACUGGAACCAGAAUGCCCGUGUUUCUUACAUACUGGAGGACUCCUCGGUUAACGGAGUGCCCGUCUCCUCAUAUGUGUCCGUUAGUGCUGAUAGUGGAGUCAUCCAUGCAGUGCGCUCUUUUGACUACGAGCAGAUCAAGGAUUUCCAGUUCCGCGUAAAAGCGCAGGAUGGAGGCUCUCCUCCACUCAGUAGCAAUGUGACUGUGAAAAUAAUGAUCCAGGACCAGAAUGACAACACGCCUCAGGUUCUGUAUCCAGUCCAGACUAGCAGCUCUCUGGUGGCUGAAAUGGUGCCUCGUUCAGCAGAUGCGGGCUACCUUGUCACUAAAGUGGUGGCUGUUGAUGUGGACUCUGGACAGAAUGCCUGGCUCUCGUAUAAACUGCAGAAAGCGACAGACAGGGCGCUGUUUGCAGUGGGCUUACAGAAUGGAGAAAUAAGAACUAUACGCCAAGUCAAUGAUAAAGAUGCUGUGAAACAAAGGCUCACUGUUGUAGUGGAGGAUAACGGGCAGCCCUCUCGCUCAGCUACAGUCAAUGUUAACGUGGCGGUGGCGGACAGCUUCCCUGAAGUGCUCUCGGAGUUCACUGACUUUACGCACGACAAGGAGUACAAUGACAACCUGACUUUUUACUUAGUCUUGGCUUUGGCUGUAGUCUCAUUUCUGUUCAUCACAUGUUUAGUGGUUAUUAUAUCAGUGAAAAUAUUCAGAUGGAGGCAGUCUCGCGUCCUCUAUCAUUCCAAUCUCCCGGUUAUUCCGUAUUAUCCACCGCGUUACGCAGACACCUUGGGGACAGGAACUCUACAGCACGUGUACAAUUACGAGGUGUGCAGGACGACUGACUCCAGAAAGAGUGACUGUAAGUUCGUCAGACCCUGUAGUCAGAACGUACUGAUAAUGGACCCCAGUUCUACAGGGACGAUGCAGCGGAUGCAGAGUGAAAAUAACAUCCUGGAUGAAACAGACUCCCCAGCAGAGGUCUGUUAUAUUUGAGUCAUUAUCCUUCCCCUAAAUCAAAAAUGUUGAAGCAUGGUGUAAAUUAGUUUGUUUUUAAUGUUUUAUUUUAACUGUUUCUACAUCGACUCUGUGGACCUGGGAAGUUUCCGUGGUCACAAAUGCUCUUCAUUCAACUGUUAUGUGGCCAUUUCAGCACCACAUUCGUGGUCAGCGCUGCUCUGCAAAGCGGCUGUAUUUCAAUAGACCCUUUAACAUUGUAAAGAGUCAAUUAAACUGGGAUAUUGCUUGAUCUUUGUAAAUAAGAGGCAAACGUUUUCUGUACUAUAAAUUGUAUUCAUAUGUGUGUAUAUACAGGUUUUCAGUAGCCUACAUAAUGCACAGUAAUGCCAUACUGUUAUAGUUGCAGAAAGUUGCAAUCUGUCCCGGUGAUUAGCUUCACGCAAGGUGUAUUUUGUUUGACCUUUCUUCCCCAGUUACUUCUUGUAUCAUGGUUUACAUUGAUCCUAGAUACAUUGUCUUAUUUGAAUUAAUGAAUUACAUUUUAUUUUCUUGUCAAAUCGCCAGUUUGCAACCCAUUGACAAAAACAUUACAAUAAGGCACUGUGAUAAUUCUUACAGUGUUCUGUGCAGUUCUCACCGCAUAAAGCGUGAUAAAGAAAUCAAUACAUAAUAGUAAAUAAGGUUAUCCAAGCAGUCAUUUUAUUCCUAGAGCAGGAAAAAUUAUAAAAUAAAUAUGGAAAUAAAUAAUUUCAGAAAAAUGAAACGGAAGGCAUUUGAACCAAGUGUGGCACAAAGAGAUGAUUCAAGAGUGAGACAGGUCUACACACAUUUUAUAUACAUACGUGCCAUUUGCUAUAUAGGAGCUACUUAUUUGUUUAAUUGAAUUAUAGGUCGCCAUUUUCCUUUAAUUCCAGGCUUUAUCUAAAAAAAAUCCGCAAACAGAAUUGCACAAUGGACAAAAAAACUUGUCCGUUUUUCCUCAUGGCUCAGCCACAUCAUUUCAGGAUUUAUCUGGUGGGCUUUCUGCAAUAAAGACAAGCAUAUAUUGUGGUAGAAAGGCCAGUAGAGGAUCAAAUUAAUUCCAUUCUCUAUUUCUUCGAGGUUACAAUAGUUGUAUAGUCUUUUCUUUUCCAUUUCACCAUUACACCGACUUGUUUCACUUACCUGGGCACAUGGCGACCUCUUGCUUAUAUCUAGGUUGUUCAUAAUAUAUCUCUCACACACGAAUUCACCCUUAAUCAAACAAAAGGUUCUUCAUUUGGGUUUAUGAUUAAUCUCCUCCACUCAUUUAUUUUCAUAUUGCAUAAUCAGUUGUUUUUUAACAGCGUCUAUGUCUCACUUAAUUGUUUUUUCGUACAACUGUUCACAGUCAGACUGUUGGAAAAUGUCAGACAUUGCAGUUGCCCAGGCUCCCCUUAUGGAGAGAUCCAACUGGAAAAACUUUGCUGACUAUUCUGGCAGUUGGUAUAUCCAACGGUCUAUUCCAAAGUCUCACCAUAUACGCCUUCCAUCUCAUCUCAUAGGGUUCUCAGCCCAUGUUCCCAGUUAUUGCCAGUAUAGAUGCAAACAUUGUGGGUACCUACAAAAUAACGUACUGUUAUGGAUACGUUCGUUUUGGAGAUACCUCUUAGCACCCCACAUUUCUGCUGAAUUUUCGA